AUGGUUCAAGAUUCCAUGGAAUUUGCAAAAAGAUGCGAAGCUUGUCAGUAUCAUUCCAAUUUCAUUCAUCAGCCUCCGGAGCCACUGCAUCCUACUGUGACAUCUUGGCCAUUUGAAGCGUGGGGUCUCGACGUUGUUGGUCCAAUCACACCAAAGUCCUCGGCCGGCCACGCCUACAUCCUCGCAGGCACAGACUAUUUCUCCAAAUGGGCAGAAGCAGUUGCUCUUCGAGAAGUUAAGAAGGAAAAUGUCGUUGAUUUUGUUCGAAAUUACAUCAUAUAUCGCUACGGUGUACCUCGUUAUAUAAUCACAGACAAUGGCACACCAUUUUGCAACAGAUUGAUGACAAGUCUCUGUGAGAAGUUUAAAUUUGCACAACGUAAGUCCUCGAUGUAUAACGCUCCUGCUAAUGGGUUGGCUGAGGCUUUCAACAAAACACUUUGCACUUUGCUCAGUAAGGUUGUAUCGAAGCAUAAGCGAGAUUGGCAUGAGAAGCUGGUGAAGCAUUGUGGGCAUAUCGUACUACGGAGCAAGUUCGACUCAAAAUGGGAUGGCCCGUAUGUGGUUCAGGAAGUAUACACAAAUGGAGCAUACAAGAUUGUUGAUGCUGAUGGAUUGCGCAUAGGCCCUAUCAACGGGAAGUUCUUGAAGCGUUACUAUCCUUGA